AUGCGCCGAGGCAGUCUGGAUGCUUUGAUAGUCGCAGCAGAGGUACGGUCAGGCAUGGUGCCCUCUCCUUGCCGGCAGCCUCGUCGGCUCUCGGUUCCUCUAGUCCCACCCCUUGGCCGUUUUCCCUUCUAUCAUGCCGCCCGUGUCUGCCUCCACGUCGUCUCCCUCCUUCCCCAUUUGGGGGGAUUCCCUCUUCUACGUCGACCGAGAUAUCCUCCGACUCCUCUUCAGUUUCCUCCCUAUAUUCAGACCCCUCUUCCCCAGCAGACUCAUUCAUUGGUUCGCAUCCAUUCUCAUCUGGCCUCCCGUGUCUUUCCCGCCAGUUUCCCGAUCUGGCUUUCUCCCUCGCCACGGCUCUCACCAGCUCUCCCACGCGCCCGCCCCUGUCUCGCCCACGUCCGCGGCCUCUUGUGGCCGCUCUUGCCGCCGUGUUUCGCGGGUGAUUACCUGCGGCAAACUCGUUUGCUCUUUCCUGGAGCGCCCUCUGCCGGCUCGUUCCUGCCCUCCUUCUUCGGUCUGCGGCUUGCGCCGCCAACAGCGCGUCUUCCUCGUGGGCCGCCUGAUCCGCCUGCUCUGCUACCCUUUGCUCCACCUCCAACUGCUCUCGUUCGGCUUGCCGUUGCGGCGAUGACGGGCAAGCGCCAGAGGCGGGAAAGGGCGGCGAGGCCGUCUGAUGUUCCCAACCCGCCAGAGGACCCGGGCGAGCUGGCGCCAGUCCUACUCCGAGCCGCCGCUGCCCUGGUCUCGCGCGAGGGGGCUGGAACACCCUCUCGCGCGCGUGAGCCCGUGUAUCGCUCGCCUCGCGGAUGUACCCACCCUCAUCUGCGGGCCCGCGGUGGUUCCUUUCGGCGUCGCCAUCCGCCUCGCCCUCCGCCUGUGCUCCACCGGCAGAUUGUCGGUCCGCAUCUUCAGGCGCCCUCUUUUCAGCCUCCUCCGCCGCCCCCUCCACUUGUGCCGUCUCAGCAGUCCUCUCAUCAGCAUUCCUCCCAGCAGCAGUCGUCUGUUCCUACCGCCUCGUCCCCUCUGGUAGACCCUCCUGCCUCGGCAUCGGGGUCGUUGUCGGCUCCGCCCGCUGUCCCUCCUCCGCCAGUCCUGUCUCCGGCGUCGUUGUCACUUGCGGAGGCACUUCUCGUGCCUCCUCGUCCUGCUCCCCAGGUUGACGGUGCUCCUCCCCCCCCUGAGCCUCCUCAGCGGCAGCAUCCUCUUGUACCAGCCGACCCCGCUCUCCCCGCUCGCUUUCCUCCGCCUCGUGCCCAGUCUCCUCCGCUACUGCCUGACGCACCUGAUCCUGAAGACGACGAGAAGUGGUGGAACGGAGAGCUGUGGGAGUCUCCUCCCCAGCCUGGCACCACGUGGGGUCGUGACUGGGACGUCCGGAACAACUUUGUUGUCGACAUUCUCCGCUGGGAGCGUCGCAUGCUGGGUGUCGGCGAGUGUCUCUCCCAUGUGGCGACGGUGUUGGAGCAGCUGCAUGAAGGUCUUCAGGGGCGGAACUAUGUUUUGCGAGAUCCGCAGCUGAACGAGCAGCAGCAGGGUGUUGUCCGUGCGGCCGCGGCUCAGGGCUUGUGGAGGCUCCUCCGCAUGCCCCUCGAGCCCGAGCACCCUGACGAGGACGAGGGGCCGGGCGCGAGAGCUUUCCGCAGGGUAGCCACGGCUGCCGAAGAGUCGCCCCUGCAGCUCGUGCCUGCGCUCGCGUCCUUGCUCCGGUGGAUCCGCCGGCGUUUUUAUGUGUUGAACCGCGUGUAG